AUAUUAGUUUGACCAAUAAACUUACAAUAAUGUUUAAGUCAUUACUUAUGUUCAACUGAAUUUCUACUCGAAUAGAGUCAAGUAGUUUUCAAAAUGAACAACAACAAAAUAAGGAAAUUAGUUUUAUCAAAACAAGUGUCAAGAUCUUAACCUUAUAAAUAACUUUAAUCCUGAUAGAUCAAGAAAAUUUUAUUUGAUUUAUUAAUUCUAAACAAACAAAUUCUCCCGGACAAAUCUCGAUUGACACGUAUUGUUAGACUAUAUAAACACAAUUCCAAAAAUGCUCAUAAAAUAAUCUGAUCAUUGAUGAAAGACAAACGUUUAUAGAAUUAAAGCAGCAUUCACCAUCAUACAAAACACAGUGACUUCAGAGGAAACCAUCCUAGAUUAAAAGUACCUGAAAUUAAAGAGACGCAACCAUGGAUUCAGAGAAGAAAGCAUUGCCAAGUAUGAUACACCUUCCAGAACCAGAGCCAAUUAUAAUACAGGAGUCACAAGAACCAGUGAAAACAUCGCGCAACAAGACCAAAAAGUAUUUGAUAAGAGCAGUUACAGGUGUUCUGGUGUUGCUGAUAACAUUGGGGGCAGUGUUCGCCAUAGUGAAACUAACACAUAAAUACACAGAGGAAGCAAUAAAGGAGUACCACAUCACUGUAAGAGACAAUGAGAAUGAGGAGACAAGUGAGACUGUAAAGGUGGACAAACAGAAUGGAAUGACAGAAGUCGACACUCCAGACCUUGACCUUGCUGUGUUCAAUGACUUCAAGAAGGGGCUGACAGUAUUAAAGACUCGUAUUGGAGAUGUGUAUGGCUGUUAUAUUACACCUAUUAGCCAGGAUGAGCUAACACCUGAGGCAACAGAGAGUUUCCUGCAGCACCAUCCAGAUGGCAAAGUUGACAUAGAAACCCCUGAAGACUUGACAAAUGUUCCAAAACUCAUGCCUGCUGAUGAAACUGUCAAAGACAGAACCUUCCUAAGUCAACAUGUACGAGAGGCAUGUGAGGGACUGCCACUUUACUGGCUGAUCCCUGCUCCAGAAGAUGUGGUGAGAGAGGGCCUGGGGGAAGAACCUGAUGCCAAAGAGAAUGAGAACACAUCCAAAGAGGAACAGAGUGACAAGACACAAGAGCAAUCAGAUACAUCAGAGAGUAGAAUGGCAAAACGUGAUGUCAGAGUUAGGAGAGGAUGUAGAUAUUACUGUUGGGUUCAAUGUGGCUUUGGUGGUUGUAGAUAUGUCUGUGGAAUCCGUUGCUCAUGGGGAAAAUAGAAUGAGUGAAAUUCCAACUGAACUUGAAACAAUUAGGAAUAGACAUGUCCCGCAUGUACACUUUGACUUACAUUUGUGAAAUCGUAUUAUGACAGAUAUCAGUGCUCUCCCCACAUUGAAAUCUCUGAGACACAGCACCUCUGUUUUUUAUAAAACAAAAAUGCUCCUCGAUGCAAUAAGAUAUGCCUCUAAAUGUUACAAUUGAGAAUAAGAAAAUCAUAAAAUGUCGCACAAAAAAUGACAAAACCAUAAACUGUUGCACAAAAAAUUACUAAAUACUAAAAUGUUGCGCUAAAGAAAUAACAAAAUCCACCACACAAAAAAUCCUGGGGAGAGCAUCGAAUAUUGGGUGAAUAGAUC